CUGUGGUCAGCUGAGCGGCGCCCGGCGGGUCUCGAGGCCGCGCGUCACCGUCCAGCUGCCCGUCGCCGCCCCCUGGCCGGUCCCUGGCGGGCGUCGGCAUUCAGAGCUCUGGUACUGGGACAAGAUGCCAACGAAGCAGUGACCCGAGAGGAGCGGAUGUAAGCGGACGGACCUGUUAUCAUGUCCCAUCAACCUCUGAGCUGCCUGACUGAGAAGGGUGACAGCCCCUGUGAGAACCCAGGAAAUGGAACCCCUAGUAGGGUUCACCCCAGCCUGGACACAUCCACUCCUGAGGAGCUGUUGCAGCAAAUGAAGGAACUCCUGGUUGAGAACCACCAGCUGAAAGAAGCCAUGAAGCUAAACAAUCAAGCCAUGAAGGGGCGCUAUGAGGAGCUUGCGGCCUGGGCCGAGAAGCAGAAGGAAGAACGCCAGUUGUUUGAGACACAGAGCAAAGAAGCUAAGAAGCUCAUGAUGACCUUGAGUUAUGAAAAUGAGAGACUGAAGGUAGAACUUGGAAAACUAAGAGAGAAGCCAGAAAGGCCAUUUGAAGGCUCCAUAUGUGGCCCCAGGCUUCCCAGGGCUGACUUGGAGCAGGAGGUGGAGCAGCUGAAGAUCCAGGUGACUCGUCUUCAGGCUGAAAAGACUGACCUGCUGGGCAUCGUCUCAGAACUGCAGCUCAAGCUCAACUCCAGUGGCUCCUCAGAGGACUCCUUUGUUGAGAUCAGGAUGGCUGAAGGAGACGCUGAAGGGGCAAUGAAGGAAAUGAAGAGCAGUUCUAUACCUGUGAGGACAGACGCCAUCAACAUGACGAAAUCUACAGAAGAUACCAGGACUUGUGUGGAGUCUGAGGAAUUAGCUGUGAGCCAACUCCUGCCUUGCCUAAGGGAAGGAAACCAAAAGAUGGAGAGACUCGAAGUGGCACUCAAAGAAGCCAAAGAAAGAAUUGCAGAGUUCGAAAAGAAAGCAAAUGACCAUUCCGAGAUUGAGACCCAGACAGAGGAGAUCACAGAAAAGGAUGAAGAUGACAAAGACACAGAAAGUGUUGGAAGUGAAGUGGAAGCAUUGAACAUUCGAGUGACAUCUCUGUUUAAGGAGCUGCAAGAGGCACACACAAAACUCAGUGAGGCUGAGCUAAUGAAAAAGAGACUUCAAGAAAAGUGCCAGGCUCUGGAAAGGAAGAACUCUGCCACCCCAUCAGAGCUGAGUGAGAAGCAAGAACUUGUUUACACCAACAAGAAGUUAGAGCUGCAGGUGGAGAGCAUGCGUGCUGAAAUCAAGAUGGAGCAAGCUAAGACAGAGGAUGAAAAAUCCAGGUUAGCCACUCUGCAGUCAACACACAACAAGCUUCUUCAAGAACAUAAUAAUGCACUGAAAACAAUUGAGGAACUAACCAAAAAACAGGCAGAAAAGGUGGACAAGAUGAUGCUGCAAGAUCUCCAAGAAAAGCUGGAGCUGGCAGAGCGGGCUCUGGCAUCCAAACAGCUUCAGAUGGACGAGAUGAAGCAGAUCAUUGCUAAGCAAGAGGAGGACCUGGAAACCAUGACUGUCCUCAGGGCUCAGAUGGAGCUGUACUGUUCAGAUUUCCACGCUGAAAGAGCAGCAAGAGAGAAGAUUCAUGAAGAAAAGGAGCAGCUGGCCUUGCAGCUGGCAAUUUUGCUGAGGGAGAACAAUGACUUUGAGGAUGACGGAGGCAGUAGGCAAUCCUUGAUGGAAAUGCAGAGCCGGCACGGGGCAAGAACCAGUGACUCUGACCAACAGGCUUACCUGCUUCAAAGAGGGGCCGAGGACAUGAGCUGGAGACAGCAGCAGCCUCAGAGUAUUCCAAUUCACUCUUGCCCCAAAUGUGGAGAAGUUCUGCCGGACAUCGACACACUGCAGAUCCAUGUCAUGGAUUGCAUCAUUUGAGUGUUGUUCAUUUGAGUUCAGCUCCCAAAAACUGUUGGUAAAUGCCAGAUUUUCUCCUCCAAGACUUGUACUUCUGUCUUAUUUGGUGUCACACAAAUAUUUUUGCCACAUUAUCCUUAUUCCAGGAGAAAGAAAAUGUACCCUUCCUAAGGAGAGCAUCUUCUGGACUGACCAGAACUCACAAAUCUAGUUACAGCCCUUCCAGUAAGAGAUCCAGUGUUUUUAUGUUCGCUCCUAAGAGUCACUGAGAGCAGUCAGCCAAAAUGGGACAGCAUGUGACCAAGCUCAUGAAAUUACAUGGGAGAAACUCACUGACAUCUGUUACGAACCUUUACAAGGCAGGAAAAUGAAAUGGUCAGGAAACAUGUCUGGCAUGUUUUCCUAGGCAAGUCUCCACCCUGCAGGCGUUUUAUGUAUAAUUAUUUGGAAGUUACCAUAUGGCACUCUGACUGAGCACUGUGAACUUUCUGUUGUUAUCAGGUCAGGUGAGCGCUGGGAAUGUCGCUCAGGCGUGGAGUGCUUUCCCACAGCUGUAGUGUGUCGAUGCCUUCAGCCUGUUUUGUGCUGGAGGUGUAUGGGCUAGUACAGCACACAGUUUAAUUUUAAAUAGAACAGCUAUUUCCCAGAUGAAGUAGAAGCUUACACACAUGAGUUAUUACAAAAUAAAAUUUUGCUGCAAGUCUGCCCCAUGGCUCAUAUAUUACCAGUAACAUUGUAGUAUGUAUAUUCUGUAUUAAGCUCAUUUAGCUUAAUAUAAACUUAAUACUGAGAUGUUUUAUUCAUGAUAAAUGGGAGCAAAUCCUUUUCAUAGAGGGCCAGUACAUGCUCACAUGAGAUCCCUGUUGAAAUAGUGAAUACAGGCAUGGCGGUGCAUAGCACACCUGCAACUCUAGCACGUGGGAGACUGGAGUAGGAGAUCAGCAACUCAUGGCCAGCUAGGGCUACCUAGAGUAAAUAGGGAUUUGCCAAUUUUCUAUUUUUAAAAAAAAGGCAAGCAAGAAUUAAACAAGUCACAAAAGUAAACAGUAUCAAGUCCAGAAACAUUUAAGAGAAAAUGAGGUUUGCUUUGUUUCCGUUUACAAUAAGAUCUCUGGUUAAACAUACACGUGUGUAUUUAAAUAGAAUCAAAACAGUUGAUUUGUCCCAAGGGAACAGACUGUCCAAGUUACAGUUCUCUCCAUGCCUGAACUGUUUACCUUCACUCAAGACAGUAGAGCACUGUAUAGGGUCAGCAGUGGUUAGGUUUCAUUUCCACAAGACAGUAGAGCACUGUAUAGGGUCAGCAGUGGUUAGGUUUCAUUUCCACUUGCACCCUUGGGCAGUGUUUGUUAAUGACAUUUCUAAAAUGACAAUGAAAUCUUUUCUUUUCUUAUGGUUUCUAGUAUAAAUUUCUUUACUAUUUUAUACUGGAAAAAGUAGAUUUCUAUAGAAUCCCAGAUGGAGGAGGAAACCAAAUGGUUCCACAAUGAAGUUAGUGGGAAAAUCCUUUUUCAGGUAGUAACUGUCUGAUAAAUCCAAACUGUGAAGUGAGAACUCAAAUGGCCUUAAUAAGACUGUGGCCAGCCGGGCGUUGGUGGCGCACGCCUUUAAUCCCAGCACUCGGGAGGCAGAGGCAGACGGAUCUCUGUGAGUUCGAGACCAGCCUGGACUACCAAGCAAGUUCCAGGACAGCCUCCAAAGCCACAGAGAAACCCUGUCUCGAAAAACAAAAAACAAAACAAAACAAAACAAAAAAAGACUGUGGCCAACACACUUGUUUGACCAGUGAGUGGAGAGGAUUGCAAAUGAAGACAAGUUCAAAUUAAGAAAAUUGGAGAGAUAUCUGUAGACCAUCUUCAUAGCAGCAUUUUCUGCAGUAGCUAGGAUACAGUGCAACCUAGGUGUCCAUUUACCUAGAUAAGAAAAAUGCAAUAUAUACAUAUAAUGAAGUAGUAUUCAGAUAAACCUGGAGGAUGCUAUGUCUAUUCAUAAAUACCACGUGAUCUCACUUAUAUGUGGACUCUGAAAAAAUUGAAUUCAUAGAUUUGAGAGCUGAGUGGGGUUAGCUGCACAUAAAGGAAGGUGUGGAGAGGGUGAGAAGAUGUUGAUUAAAGGCACGCCGUCUCAGGGGGGAUGACCUGUAGUGAUCUACUGUACAGAAUAGUAACUUCAAUAAUUUGUAUAUUCAGGCUGUGUGGUUUAAGGAAAUCACAAGUUCAGUAAACAAUUUGUAAAUGC